ACAAACAUCCAAAAAAACAAGAAUCGAGGAACCUCGGCCGGCUAAAUGGACUAGUUUAGUCCAUAACGGAGUCUGGUUUCCUCCAGAGUACGUUCCUCAUAAUAUUAAAAUGAAAUAUAAUGGAGAUGAAAUAAAACUCUCUCCUGAAGCCGAAGAAGUAGCAACAAUUUAUGCUGCAUUGUUAAACACAGACUACAUAAAGAAUGACACUUUCAACAAGAACUUCUUUAAAGAUUGGAAAGCUGUAUUGAAAGCUACCACUAAUUCCCGCCCUCCUUUAGUGCCAGUCCGAACUCAAUUGAAUGAACAGCUG